GGUCAUAACUGUGUUUCUGAAGGCAACUUUAAAUAGUCGGGUCAGUGAAAACACACAGGCGAAACAGAAAUCAGUCUGCGCGAGAAAGAAAAGAAACGAGAGAAAGACAGUAAGGUUUGGCGUGUACGUGCGCGUUUAGACGUCUCCAUCAUUUGAUUUGUGUAGACUCUGUAAUCUGUGGAGAUCCUCUCAGCUGUUGUACUGUGAGCCAGAGACGAUCAUGAUCCUCCUGACUCCCUCCUCUGGUUUCUUCCAGUGUACCAACAAGCUCUUUCUGAGUGAUCAGGCCACAGGACUCCAGAUCAAGGAGUUUGCACGAAAAAAUGCAGCAAAUGCUCUGUCAGUUGCCAACAUGGUCAUGGGAAUGGCCUCCAUUCUCAGCAGUCUUAAUGGGCACCAUCAUGCUGCAUGUUGGCUGGUUCUGAUUGGCUACCUGCUGGAUUUGGCAGAUGGAGCAGUUGCCAGGCGACUCAAUGCCUGCUCUGCACUGGGUGCAAAGCUAGAUGAUUUUGCGGACUUCACAACCUUCGGGAUUGCCACGUCGCUGCUCCUGAGGACAUCUGACCUGCUCGACAACGUCUUGUGCAUGUGUUAUGUCCUUUCUGUGUUCGUCCGCCUCUGUUUCUUCUCAAGCGGAGUAAUUUUUGUUUGGUCCGUAGGGAUCCCAUUCAUGUACCGCGGCCUGCCCUGCAUCUACUCCUCAGCCAUCCUGGCCAGUGCCUCUCUGCUCUCAGGGGGAAACAUGGCCAUGCUACGUGUCAUCGCAGUGGCCAUGAUCCUCUUCAUGAUCAGUCAGAACUUCUACCCCCAUGACAGAGUUUUGGAGUCCCAGGCCUGGAAGAAAGUAGUUUAUGCAGGAGGAGUUGUCAUGGUGUUCUGCUCUUCCUUCCCCCCUGCUUGUGUGUACUAUCUGCUGUGGUCUGGCUCCUACAUUUUGUUUCCAACAUCCCUUUGGAGCAGUAAAGUGUAAAAGGAGAGCUGGCUUUGUCCAAAACUCCUAAUAGGUUUACCUCUGUCCCAUCUGGGUGAACUGAGGCUUCCAGACUGCUGCUGCUCCCUACUGCCAUGGAGGAUUCAAGAUGAACAGGCGAACCUUUGCUCUAUUUCAACUUUAUUUUAAUGUGACACCUCCAAGACAGAACCUGAACUAAAGGGAGUUAUAAUGAGGGAUGGGAAGGACAUUUUACUGUUAGUGAUAAGGAUUAACCUUCAUGCUGUCUUAUGUCUUUGUUGCAUUUUCUCUGAAGCCAGGGUUGGGUGGCUUGUUCCAAAACUGAAUUUUCAUCAGGUUUAUCUCCUGUGUAAUCUUCCUACUUCAGUAUUAAUCCAAUCUUUCAUCAUUGUUGUGAGCACGUGGCAGCAGGGCACAUCAUCCUCUCACAGGAUACUAGUUAAAGAACUUAUUUCAGAUGAAAUAGUUGCAUACAUUUCUAAUGUAUAUUUGCCUCUAAUUUUAUUUUGAAAAUGUUAUAUUUUGUAAUCACACAGGACAUCAUAACCCAUAUUAUGAUGUGCAUGGUGUUGAGUAUAGUUUAAUGAGUAACUUUUUGAGUGCUACAGUAUGUAAGUAAGGCCUUUAAUCCAUGAACCAACAACUUGAUUUCUCAGCAGUGUUUUCAAGAUUCAAAAUUCCAUGUGCUUUCUGGUUUAUCUAUCUAUCUAACAGUAAUGAGCAUUCAUGAAGCACUAUGACGAGUUCUAUGACGACAUCUGUUUGUAUCAGGGUUGGGGUUAAUUUACUUUCAGGGUAUUCAGGUUAGGAUGUAUCAUCAAGAUUUUACGUUUUCCAUUAUGUAGGGAUCUCAAAUCCAGCCAGAAGACAUUUUUGAACAUUAUGGUUCUGUCAUUAUUUAAUUUGCUGUUUAAAUGUGUGUUUAAAGAAGUUUGAACUGAGAGUGAAUUGACCCCAACCCUGGCUCAUGUAAAUUGGGAACUUGUUUUUCUUUCGUUUAGUUUUCAAGACUUUUAGCUUUUUACCAAGUUGAGACUCUGUCCAAGCAAUGAUGUGUUAGGUUUCAGUAUUUCUUCUUUGUGUGAUUUAUUGGGUCAUUGCAUGUGUUUGCCUCUGUUUUAAGAGGCAUUGCAACUUAAAUAUUAAAUCCACACUGGAUCACUUUUACCUGUUAUAAUACUUCUCAGAUUGCAGCCAAAUCUGUGAUGACAGGUUCUGCAGGUGUUUUUCACUUGUCAAAACGCCUGCAGUGACUUUAUUGAUUGAACUGGAGUCAGACAUGCAACAUGAGUAGACGUUCCAAUCCAUGAAUAGCACUGCAGCAGCAGUUUUCUGCCUCAUGUGAUUCAGUGUGAAUUUACACUUAAGGAGUGACAACACACUGGUUGUAAAUCCUGCUUUUCCUGCCAUCUAGUGGGUAACAAUUUCGCUUCGCUGCAGGUUCUGCCCUCACCUUAAAGAUGUUGUAACACUGCACUACAGUUGUUGUUCACUGUGAUCAGGAGUGCAGUGCAGCACUGCAAAUUUUAAAUCCACAGACAUCAGGGAAGGAAGGAAGAAAUGUGUUGUUACUCUUUAACUUGGCCAGUAUUCAGUCUGAAGGACAUCAUAUUUUGUAGAUCAGUCCUUUUUAGCAAGGACAACUUUUUGGCAUCACUCAUGGUGUCUCACAAUGGGUAUCUAUGCCUCUCUGCAUUGUGUGUGACAAAUCGGGAGAUUAUAUAGUUUUAUACUGAUUUGUUCAGAAGCCUGAUGAAAAUAAUAGCACAGAGUAACAGAUAAAUACGUCUGUUCUCACCCACAAAAACUACUGACACCCCAUUUUAAAUUUUUAAUCAGAGGUGUCAGAAUAAAGGGUAUGACAUCACUCACAAUUUGAGUUCAAUGAUUUGUACCUUCUAUAAGCCAUAACUCAUACUGUUAACAAUUAAUGAGUUAUCCAAAUAAGUCUCCCACAGAGAGUUUUCUGAUGGAAAACUGAGCAGGUAGAGCAGAAUUUCAUAAAUCGAGACUGUUUUAAAAAUAUUCAUUCAAAAGGUUGUGGCCUCUGAUUCAGAUAUUGAUUUAAACAUGCAGUAGUCCUUGACAUGGUUUAUGAUAAUUGAUGUUGUGAAGAAAAUCUACAGUGUAAAGUACAUACACAGACUGGUCACAAAUCUACUCUAGUACAUUCAGUAGUGAAUUCAGCUUUCCUGUGUGGGUGUUUUGGUUUUCAAACUGUAAAGUCACAGUAAUGUAUGCAUGCUCAGAGCAUUAUCGAUACAAACACUGUACUUUGCCCAAUGAUUAAAAAAAGAAAAAAGAUAAAGAUAAUAAGAGCUGUGCUUUUAAGUCUGUACGUUUUUGAUGGUAAAGAGAAAAAUAAAACAACUUGUUUUCA